AUGACCAUCUGGCACGGAGGGAACAUGGCGCUGUGGUUGGUGCCGAGAACGACUGGCGAUCACGAUCUGGUGUCGGCGAUACGGCGUGAAUCGUCGGUGUUGCGAGAGAGGAAUGCGGGGAGGUGUUCGGACGAGUUCGGUAUCCAUGCUACGCUGCUAGCUGGUCUUGGCGAUCGAAGCAUCGGCGUGAACGGCUUGAAGCAGGCGGUGCAGCAAGCUGUCGAGCAAUGGAAACACGUCCAUCACAAAUCCAGUCUAACCGUCCCGCUCCAAUCCGUCACCACCAAAGCCAGCUACUUCCAAUGCAUCCUAAUCGCCCUAUCUGCCACUCCGGCAUUGACCAGCCUGAACCACAUCACAUCGCGUAUUGUCAACCAGUCCUUCCCACCCCCCUCGCCUGACCCGUCUGAACCGUACUUCCCACACAUCUCGCUCCUCUACGCCGACCUCUCGCAGUCCGAAGCCCAAUCCCAGAUCCUCCAAAUGCAACAACAACACGUCUUCAAAACACUCGACCACAAUCCCUCUCAUCCGCACAUCAGCUUCCGUGGCUUCACUCAUGUCGAAUUCGACAGCAUACACCUAUACGACUGCACAGGCACGCCCCAACAAUGGAAGCACCUACACACCAUCCCUCUCUAG